UACAUCAUCGCAUGAAAUCAAGACCUCUAUCAGGCUCUUCAUAAAAGCACCCCACAGAAGUCAAACUGCAACAGAGAGAGAGGACAUCUGAAAGGACAACAUUAAUACAGAUGCUCCUCGUGACCUUGUCAUUACGGAUAUUCUUUAUAAAGGUGCAAAAUGGCUGUAGCUAGAAUGCCAAUGGCUGCUUUAAGAACGUCAAAUGAAAAUGAGGAGGACUACAGUGCUUAUGCAAACAUGUCUGAUGAAGAGCUGUUGCAGUUGGCUAUUGAACGAAGUCUAGCGGAUAGCAACUUCACCCCACGUCAGAAUCAACAAAUUCAUUCCCACGAGAUGCCAAGUACUUCUUCAGCAACGCAAAGGACCCCAAGCAACCCUAACCCAUCCAGUCUCCAUGUGACCGCCUCUGCUAACCCUCCCAGUCAGAAUCAUUGUCAAAAAAUUAGCAGAGAUAGUUCAAAUCAUAUCUUUAAUACGACUGAAGACAAGGUGAUUGCUUGGACAAGGUACAAUGGACACCUGCGGGUAACAGUGGAGCCUGUGGAUGAUUUAGACCCUUUUCUCUCAGCGAUUUGGAAAGGUAAUGCAAAGGCUUUAGAAGAGAUGAUUCCUUCAAGACUUCACAUUCUCGAUGAACCCAAUAAGGAAGGGUCGAUUCCACUUCAUGAAUGUGCAUUCUAUGGUCAUGUUGAAUGCCUUAAGAUUUUACUUGAAGCCAGGCCGGAUACAAUCAACAAACGAAUGAAUAAGAAUCAGACAGCGCUUUAUGUGGCUGUGAGUCGCAAACAUUUUUCUUGUGUCGACUAUCUCGUGAGACAAGGUGCCGAUCCCAACAUUGCAAAUAGCCUGUGGGAGACACCACUGAUGAAAGCAUGUGAGAAAGGGAAUGAAGCAAUAGUGAGGGUUCUUUUGAAGUUUGGAGCCUCACCGAACAAAGCCUGUGUUCAAGGUGGAACUCCACUACAUGAAGCAGUGGGGCACAUAAACUUAGAGAUUUGUAAGAUGUUGCUACAAGCAGGGGCAAAUCCAAAAGCCAAAAAUAUUUAUGGCAUUGAUUCUGUGUUUACGGCUGCCCAGUGUGGUGCUGUCGAUGUGCUUAACCUCCUACUUUUAAAAGAUGAAAAUGUCAAUACCCAGGCGAAUGAUGGUGCCACUGCAUUGUUUGAAGCUUCUAAGAAUGGUCAUACUGAAAUCGUUCAGAUCCUCUUGGCAAAAAAUGCUGACGUUAACAAAGCCAACAAGAGUGGAUUGCUUCCUAUUCAUGUCGCAGCAAAAAAUGGUCAUAACAAAAUUGUUGCCCUACUAAUCCCUGAAACCAGUAGAGCCAAAAUAGUAUGGUGUGGCAUUAGUCCCCUCCACUUUGCUGCCGAACGUAACAGAGAUGAUGUUUUAGAAACCUUAAUUGAAGCUGGGUAUGAUGUCAACGCAACACUGUCAGAUAGUUGGUCAAAGAUGUAUGAAGAUCGCCGAAGAACUGCUCUGUACUCGGCUGUGGUGAACAGAAACCUAGAGGCAGCCAGCAUGCUGUUAGAAGCAGGCGCUGACCCAAACCUGGACAUCUUCAAUCCUCUGCUAGUGGCAGCGAGGAAAGCAUGCAUAGAAAUGGUGAUGCUACUGAUUAAGUAUGGUGCAAAUGUCAAUGCCUUACUACCAACUCAUCCCACGAUGUUCCCGGCAGUGUUAGUUUUUUGCGUGAACUAUUUGGCAAUGAUGAAGUACGUCCUGGACAAUGGCUGUGAUGCGCAGUCAUGUUUCACCUGUCAGUAUGGAAACAAUCCUCAUCCUCCAAUAAAAACAAGACGAAACACAAGAGAAACAUUAUAUUAUUUAUAUGAUGAGCCAUCUGAGGAGUGUUUACAGUUUUGUGAGAUCCUUUCUGCCCCAUUGGUCAGCUCCUGGGUGGGACCCAUCAUUGACAUGUUGCUUGACUAUGUGGGCCACGUUAAACUUUGCUCGAGAAUAGCUGAACAUUUAGACAGCAACAAUGAUUGGGCACUUAUUAAAGAGAAAACUGUUUCUCCUUGCACCUUGAUGCAUCUGAGCCGACUGAAGAUUCGGCAACAAAUAGGAACCCACAGACUGAGGCGUAUACCUGCUCUUCCUCUACCAAGGAGAAUAAUCAAGUUUUUGAUCUAUGAACGAGAAUCAUUUAAGGAUACCAUGUAUUGAACGUUCACAUUCUUAAAGCGAUUGUUCACCCAAAAACGAAAAUUCUGCCAUUAUUUACUCAUCCUCAUGUUGUACAAAACCUGUAUAAUGAGCUUUUUGUUCUGCUGAACACAAAGGAAGAUAUUUUGAGCAAUGUUUACAACCAAACCGUUUUUGAGCACCACUGACUUCCAUAGUAUUUUACUUACUUACUAUGCAAUUCAAUGGUGCUUUUGUUUCCUACUGGAUUAAUAAUGUCUUCCUUUGUCUUCAGCAAAACAAAUACAUUUAUACAGGUUUGGAACAACUUGAGGGCGAGCAAAAAAUUAAUUUUGAUUUUUGGGUGAACUAUCCCUUUAAUGAUUGCUUGAAUAUCAUCAAGGUGUAUAGAGUAUAGAGUGGAGUUAAUGUAAAUUACAGUAGUCAUCAAUAUCCAGCCUGCGGCCGUGUGAUUCCAAAACGAGGCUGUGAGCGAUAGACGUCCAGAGCGUGAGCUUUAAACUUAUUAUUUUCUACUGGGAUGCUGGUCAUUCAGCCAUCAAAACACAGAAAAUUCACACUGUUACACAUUUCUGUAGAAAUUACAGUAUGACUGGCAGCUGUUUGACAGUAACUUACCAUAGAUUUAAGUUAUUGACUGGCAACAGUUUCUUCAAAGUUAAAUGAACUAACAAGUCUUUUUCUUUACAGCACAUAAAACUAAAAUAACAGCCUCAUGCAAAGCAUUCUGAAAACCAAAAUCUGAAGGGAAAAAACGAAAAAUGGUUGAUGAGGAUUUCUGGUUCCCAGAAUGCUUUGUAAAUAACAUACACUGUAAUUCAGUAGAAAUUACAGUGUUACUUGCAGCUGGUUGCCAGUAACUUACCGUAAAUUUAAAUGUAUGUUAUUUACUGGCAACAUUUUGUUCAAAGUUAAAUGUACAUUAAACAUUUACAAGACUUUGUCUUUACAGAGUAAAACUAUAAAAUAACAGCCUCAUGCAAAGCAUUCUGGGAAUCAGAAAUCAACCUUUUUCAGUUUUUUGCUUCAAAUUUUGUUUCCCAGAAUGCUUUGCCUGAUGCUGUUAUGUUAGUUUUACUCUGUAAAGACAAAGACUUGUAAAUGUUUAAUGUCCAUUUAACUUUGAACAAAACGUUGCCAGUAAAUAACAUACAUUUUAAUCUACGGUAAGUUACCGGCGACCAGCUGCAAGUAAUCACUGUAAUUUCUAAGAAAUUUGUUUACAGUAUACAUUUAAAUCUACAAUAAGUUACUGGCAAACAGCUGCUUAACUACACCAAAGAUUUUACACAUUUCCACAGAAUAUAAUGCAUUGUUAAAAUUAGAAGGGACAUAAGAUUAAAGCAAUGUUAUUAGCCUGUUGCCUAAUCACUAAUUUCUAAUGUUGUAAGCAUCCUUACUUUA